AUGAUCCUCAUCACCGGCUUUGAGCCCUUUGGCGGCGAGACCGAGAACCCUUCUCGCCUGUCUGCUCGCCUCGCGGUCGAAAACUUGAAUCGCGAGGGCGUCUCCGCGGCCUUUCUCGAGGUGCCAGUCGUGUUCGCGCGCGCGGGGCCGGCCGUAAUCGACAAGGCCGCUAGCGUGCGCGCCGACGUGGUCGUGUGCGUCGGUGUCGCCGGAGACCGCAAGCUCAUCAGCCUCGAACGCACCGCCUACAACGUCAAGCGGGGCCGCAUCCCCGAUAACGACGGCGCCAAGCCCGACGGCGAGAUUAUCCUUCCCGGUCCAAACACUUUGACCACCCGACUGCCUGUCAGCAAGGCUCUGGACGCUAUCAAGGCGGCUGGGAUCCCGGUCGAGAUCUCGGACGACGCAGGACGCUACGUCUGCAACACGCUCCUGUACACGGUUGUCGCUCAGCUCCCCGAAGAGACGCCCGCCGGAUUCGUUCACGUGCCCCAGGCCUCCGAGGUGUCCAUCGAGAAGCAAGCCGAGGCGCUCCAGAUUGUCGCCAUGCUCGCACUGGAGCAAGUCAAGGCGCAGACCCUGGGAUGA